AUGUCUAGCUCAAAUGCAAAGCUCGGAGACGAUUUUCUGCAUGUCCCAAAAGUAGUUGUGGACAGAGAAAACUGGAUGACCUAUAAAGAUAGGUUGUCGUGGUCAGUCGACGCUCGUGGGUUCCUCGAACACUUAGAUGGGACUGAGAAGAAACCAGUAGACCCCUCGACGUUGCCAACACAAGGAACAUCAUGGAUACCCAGUACGCCAGAAGAACUACGAGAGCUCUCAGCAUACAGGAGUGCCAUCAAGGAAUGGUGCAUGGGCGAGGCUAUAACGAAACAGCAGAUAGCCAGCACAAUCCCAGACUCCCUGUUUAUUCAAGUUAAAGGCUUACCAACAGCAGGAGGAAUUUUCAUGCACCUAUCCAAUCUCUUUGAAAAACGCUCCCGCAUUGUGUCCGUCGAGCUACUAUGA